UAACGCGGAGAGAGCGGGACCGUCCCAGCAGCGCGGCCGGUGGCGGCGCUAUUGCUCUGCUCUCGCGAGAACGCCGCGCUGUGGCGCUGGGGCGGGCGGCGGCUCUCGCGAGAGCUGCGGCGCCGGAGCCAACAUGGCGGAAGAGGAAGUGGCCAAGCUGGAGAAGCACCUGCAGCUGCUCCGCCAGGAGUACGUGAAGCUGCAGAAGAAACUCGUGGAUACAGAAAGGAGAUGCAACGUGCUGGCUGUGGAGGCCAACCAGGACAACGCCAGCGACACCUUCAUCAGCCGCCUGCUGGCCAUUGUGGCUGAGCUCUACCAGCAGGAGCAGUACAGUGAUCUGAAGAUAAAGGUUGGGGACAAGCACAUCCGUGCUCACAAAUUUGUCCUGGCGGCGCGCAGCGAUUCGUGGAGCCUUGCCAACCUGGCCUCAACUGAGGAGCUGGAUCUGUCAGCAGAUGCUGACCCAGAGGUAACCAUGGCAAUGCUGAGGUGGAUCUACACAGAUGAACUUGAGCUGAGAGAAGAUGAUAUCUUCUUGACAGAACUCAUGAAAUUAGCUAAUAAAUUUCAGCUCCAGCUGCUUAGGGAAAGAUGUGAAAAAGGAGUGAUGUCACUGGUUAAUGUCAGGAACUGCAUCCGUUUCUACCAGACUGCUGAGGAGCUCAGUGCCAGCACCCUCCUCAACUACUGUGCUGAGAUCAUUGCUAGCCACUGGGAUGACUUGAGGAAAGAAGACUUCAGCAGCAUGAGUGCUCAGCUGUUGUAUAAAAUGUUCAAGUCCAAGACAGAAUAUCCCCUGCAUAAGGCCAUUAAAGUGGAGAGAGAAGAUGUAGUCUUUUUGUACCUUAUUGAAAUGGAUUCUCAGCUUCCUGGGAAGCUCAAUGAAUUGGAUCACAAUGGAGAUCUUGCUCUGGAUCUAGCCCUGGCCCAAAGACUGGAGAGUAUUGCAACUACACUGGUCAACUACAAGGCUGAUGUGGAUAGGGCAGACAAGAGAGGCUGGAGUCUGCUCCAUAAAGCCAUCCAGAGAGGAGAUAAAUUUGCUGCAAACUUUCUCAUUAAAAAUGGUGCCCGUGUGAAUGCUGCUACACUGGGAGACCAGGAGACUCCUCUGCACCUUGUGGCAUCCUACAGCCCCAAGAAGCACUCCCCAGAUGUCAUGGCAGAGAUGGCACAGAUUGCUCAGGCCCUCCUGCAGGCAGGAGCCAACCCAAACAUGCAGGACAGCAAAGGCAGGACCCCCUUGCACGUGUCCAUUGUGGUCAGGAAUGAGCCUGUGUUCAGCCAACUCCUGCAGUGCAAGCAACUAGACUUGGAGCUGAAGGAUCAUGAAGGCAGCACAGCUCUGUGGCUUGCAGUCCAGUAUAUCACUGUGUCCUCUGAUCAGUCUGUGAACCCUUUUGAGGAUGCCCCUGUUGUGAAUGGAACCUCCUUUGAUGAGAACAGUUUUGCAGCAAGGUUGAUCCAGCGAGGCAGCAAUACAGAUGCUCCAGACACAGUAACAGGAAACUGCUUGCUUCAGAGAGCAGCUGGUGCAGGAAAUGAGGCAGCCUCUCUCUUCCUAGCAACGCAUGGAGCAAAAGUCAACCACCAAAACAAAUGGGGAGAAACCCCACUGCACACAGCCUGCAGGCAUGGCCUGGCAAACCUGACAGCAGAGCUCCUGCAGCAAGGAGCCAAUCCCAACAUCCAGACAGCAGAAGCAGUGCCUGGGCAGAAGGAUGCACCUGCUCCUCCAUCAGCAGAGAAUGUUCAUCUGCAAACUCCCCUUCACAUGGCUAUUGCUUACAACCACCCAGAUGUGGUGUCAGUCAUCCUAGAACAAAAAGCUAAUGCUCUUCAUGCUACCAACAAUUUGCAAAUUAUUCCUGACUUUAGUCUGAAGGACUCAAGAGACCAGACUGUGCUGGGAUUGGCUCUUUGGACAGGCAUGCACACAAUAGCAGCCCAGCUGCUGGGAUCUGGGGCAUCCAUCAAUGACACCAUGUCAGAUGGACAGACACUCCUGCACAUGGCAAUCCAGAGGCAGGACAGUAAGAGUGCCCUCUUCCUGCUGGAACACCAGGCAGAUAUAAAUGUCAGGACCCAGGAUGGACAGACAGCCCUGCAGCUGGCCAUCCAAAACCAGCUCCCACUGGUGGUGGAUGCCAUUUGUACCAGGGGAGCAGACAUGUCUGUGCCUGAUGAGAAAGGAAAUCCUCCCUUGUGGCUUGCCUUGGAAAACAACCUGGAAGACAUUGCAUCAACUCUGGUCAGGCAUGGCUGUGAUGCCACGUGUUGGGGGUCAGGGCCCAGUGGCUGCUCACAAACCCUUCUGCACAGAGCCAUUGAUGAGAACAGUGAGCAGAUUGCUUGUUUCCUGAUCCGCAGUGGGUGUGAUGUGAAUAGUCCCAGAAAGCCAGGCCCAAAUGGGGAAGGAGAAGAGGAAGCCCAUGAUGGACAGACACCCCUGCACUUGGCAGCCUGCUGGGGACUGGAGGAGGUGAUCCAGUGCCUUCUGGAGUUUGGUGCCAAUGUCAAUGCUCAGGAUGCAGAAGGAAGAACUCCAAUCCAUGUUGCCAUUAGCAACCAACACAAUGUUAUCAUUCAGCUGAUGAUUUCACAUCCAGAUAUUAAGCUGAAUGUACGUGACAGGCAAGGAAUGACUCCCUUUGCUUGUGCCAUGACAUACAAAAACAAUAAAGCAGCUGAAGCAAUUUUGAAGAGGGAACCAGGAGCUGCAGAACAGGUGGAUAACAAGGGUCGGAAUUUCCUGCACGUGGCCGUGCAGAACUCGGACAUCGAGAGCGUGCUGUUCCUGAUCAGCGUGCAGGCCAACGUCAACUCGCGCGUGCAGGACGCCUCCAAGCUGACCCCGCUGCACCUGGCAGUGCAGGCUGGCUCUGAGAUCAUCGUGAGGAACCUGCUGCUUGCAGGUGCCCAGGUGAAUGAACUGACCAAGCACCGUCAGACUGCUCUUCACUUAGCAGCCCAGCAAGACCUGCCCACCAUUUGUUCAGUCCUUCUGGAGAAUGGAGUGGACUUUGCAGCUGUAGAUGAAAAUGGAAAUAAUGCUCUGCAUCUGGCAGUGAUGCAUGGCCGGCUCAACAACAUCCGGGUCCUCCUCACAGAGUGCAAUGUAGAUGCAGAAGCCUUUAAUAUCAGAGGCCAGUCACCAAUGCAUAUUUUGGGACAAUAUGGGAAAGAUAAUGCAGCAGCCAUCUGUGACCUCUUCUUGGAGUGUAUGCCAGAAUACCCUCUAGACAAACCUGAUGCUGAAGGAAACACAGUGCUCCUCUUGGCUUACAUGAAGGGAAAUGCCAACUUGUGUCGUGCAAUAGUGAGAGCUGGGGCUCGCCUGGGAGUUAACAAUAACCAAGGAGUCAAUAUCUUCAACUAUCAAGUGGCUACAAAGCAGCUUCUCUUUAGAUUGCUGGAUAUGCUGACAAAAGAACCUCCCUGGUGUGAUGGCUCCAACUGCUACGAAUGUGCUGCCAAAUUUGGAGUCACGACAAGAAAGCAUCACUGCCGACACUGUGGACGCCUGCUCUGCCAUAAGUGCUCAACAAAGGAGAUUCCUAUCAUAAAAUUUGAUCUGAACAAGCCAGUUCGAGUUUGCAACAUCUGCUUUGAUGUCCUGACUCUGGGAGGAGUCUCCUAGUAUGCUGUGGAACCAAAGGGAUUCCCAGUCAGUGCUCCUGACAGCAGCUCUGCUUACAAGCCCUCUGGAUAGGGAAGAGGAGGCUUACACAUGUCUUCUGCAAUAGACUGAACUAAUUAAGGACCCUGUUAUGAUAUACUCUGGUAUAAAUGAUUUUGUAUGACUGUAAAUGUAUCAGGCUGCGAUAGACUUCACUAGGAAUCAGAGUGGAUUGUUGGAACCAAGUGACAAAAGAAUUGAGACCCUCUUCUAGUUGCAGUGGGGUAUGGAAGCUGAAAUUUGUACUGAUUGAAUCUGCAUAAAACAGGUCUGUCCUCAACAUGGUGCUUUGCACUGAGCAACUCUAUUAAGUCCUGUGGCUUUCAGGCUGCUUAGUAGAGAUGGUAUUAAGUUUCAGGGUAACCAGGCAUCUUUCUUUGCUUUGUCUUAAAGAUAAAUGUUCCCCUUCUCUAGAGAAGACUUUUUGUGAAGCUAAACUGAGCUGUUGCAACCACUGUUCAAGAAACUCUUCAGACCUGGGGGUAGUUCUAAGUAUAGCUCAAGAAUUGUGGCCUUACAACAGAAAGCUUUACCACAUCUGAUGCAAAGCAGUCAGAAUUGCAGAUCCACAUCUUGAUACCUCCUCAACAAAUGACUCGUUAGCUUUAGCAUGUUCAAGAGAAGUGCAAGAUUGUUUUAGGAAAAUGCUCUUGCUCAUACCUGCUGGAACUGUCAGUCUUCAUUGCACUUUCAUAUUUAUGUUGCUGGUCCUUGCAGUCCAUGGCACUUGUACAAAUGACCAUGAGUUUGCUGAAAGGCUGAGCAUGUGCUAAAGGAGAAACACUAAAAGUGGUGGAGUCUAACUCCCAGUACAGCAAUAAAUGCUGAAGUGCAUUAGGAGUCCCAGGAGGGAGAGAAACACUUUCUGGGGCUUGAGGGGCCUGGUAACUGCUGUGGGAGAGUCAGAAACUCUGCCAAGUGUGGAAUGUGCUGCACCUCUAGACACUAAACCUGGGCCCAUUUUCAGCAGGAUUGCUGGGGAGUGGGAGUGUACAUGGAGGCUUCCUGUUAGGAGUAAGCUGCAGGGUUUUAAUCUAGGCUGGUUGUACUCUCUUCAACAUGCUGAAUCUGUGGAAACCUACCACCACACUGUCUGGGUAAACAGGAGAGUAUUUGACUGGCAGACCAGCUUGUGAUUUGGUGGGCAAAGGCUUCAGUUAGAAAAAUGGGUACUUAAGCAAAACUACAUGAGGUAAAGCUAGUAUAGACUCAAUUCAGCAUUCCUCAUCUUUACUCCAUGAAUUGGUGUGCAUUUUUUAAUGACUGUUAUCUCCAGUGAACUGGAUGGACAGGUGAUGAUGUGUUGCCCUGUUUGGAGCAGUGACUUGUUGGUCUUGAAGAGUGAGAGGAGAUGAUGAACCAGGCUGCUCCUGUUACAGGAAACUUUCUCAGUUUUUCUCAAGCUUGUACAAGGAGAGGACAGGAGAGGGUUCAAUUGCUGACAUUUGUAUGAUUAAUUUCACAUCAAGUCUCACUUGAUCUGCACUUUGAUCUUCCAAAAUGCCUAUGUUGUAACUGGAAUCACCCCUGUACCACUAGGGAAGAACAAUGGAUGAAACACAAACUUGCCUCACUGUUUGAUUGUCUGCUGCUGACAUGUUGCAACAGAAUGCUCUGGGUAACACAGCUGGUCUCUAACACAGUUCCUAAUGCAAAUGGGGCACCUCUGGCACAAUGCUGUGGGUGAAUGAGGGAAAAUAGUGCUGUCAGUUAGUGGUAGCUGCAGUAAUUGUUGGUGUCAGUUAACUACAAUCUACAGUUUGGGGGUUUUUGAGUGAAAGACAUGAUGGAAAACAUUGUACUUCUGGUAUUUCAGGGUGUCACUGGUUGCAGAUCUCUAGCAGUGAAAGAAUGAUGGAAAGUGCAUUUGGUGAAAGAAGUCUUGACUGUAAUCCCAUGGUAACAUGUUGUUUUCCUUCUUGGUUUGGAGCUGAAGUGCUGUGGAGGGGUAAGGGUGUGCUCAGAAUGCUGAAAGUGCAGAGGAGGGGUUUUCCUGUGGGCUUCAGCCUGGUGGGGAAACUGCACAUAUGUAAUUGCCAAAGCAUUUAAACAUCACUGUUUCAGUGGCUUCUCUGAUGUAAGGGCAAGGGAACAGGAAAGCAGUGAUGGAGAAUGUGGAUCUGGUGAAAAUUCAGAUUAACCGAAUGGCAAGUUAAGGCUGGGUAGUUGCUUUCUAAAAAAUAGGAUCUUGAUUAUAACUGUAAAACUGUGGGAAAGAUCUGGAAACCACCUGUAGUGCUCCUGGUUUGCUGUUUACAGCCAGUACUCUCCCAGCUUACUGAAGUCUGAAAGGAAAGUAGAUUAUUGUUAAAUAUACAGCCUGAGGUGUUUGUUUAAUUUAAAGCAACUAAAUUCAGCAAAUUUGAUCUUUUAAAGUGCCUUUGAGAUAGUUUCCUUCCAGCCAACUCUAAAUAGCUUUCUGCCAGAGCUAAAGAGGGAAAGCUCACAACUUGAACCAAAACCCACCUUAGUUCUUUUCUAGUUCAGCUGAGGAGUUGACCCCUCCAGACAACUGCUGGGGCUCAGUCCCUCACACACUCUGCCUGGUGUUGGUCUGAGCUCUCAGACCACUGAGGUUUUUUGGGAGUUUUGCUGGCAAUGCUCCACUACAGGGUACAAAUGUGAAUGAGGCACUUGGUAAUGUAGUGGUGGUCAACACAUUUCUAACUCUAAACAACUGCUCUUCCCUUUUUGUAGCAUAAUACAGUUGUUACCAAACCCCCCACCCCUCUUAGCCCUGCUUUUAGUGGUGAAUAUUAACUCGAGUCUGCCAAGCAUUGAACAAAGGGUUAGAUGGGAACUCAGUUUGUGUCCCUGCAGUGCUGCUGUCACACGAGGCUCCAGGCACUUCAGCAGGGGUGCAUGGGAGGUCGGGUGGUUCCUGCUGUAGUUUUUGUUCUGAGACUGGAUUCCUUUUGCCUGCAGUCACCCAGCACUCUUACACAAGCACAAGCCGUGGUCUGGCUGGAAUUUCUGCCUGUGAGAGGUGCAGUCACUGUUUCACACCACUGAGUGGAGUGAGAACGCUGCUGUUGGAGGCACUAACAGAGCAGAGUGAGUUGCUGGCUAAAAGCUGACAGAUGCCUUAAUGACUUCCCGUGCUGGAGAUAACAGCUCAUCCAACUGCUCCUGUAGUGCUUAUAAACUAACAUGUAACAGUAUGGGAGGCCAGGGCUGGAUGGUUUUGUAGAUCAAAUAUUAAUAGCAAGUCCUCUUUUUUCUGUAACCAGCAGAGGUGGUCACUGCAGCAAACUCAUCUCUAGAAAAAUCAAAGCUUGUAUGAGUGACAGAAAUAACUGAACCUUCUAAUACCCUCUGUGAAAUAGAAAAGGAAGUCUUAGAACAAUGGCAUUUUAUCUGCAAUGUUUGUCUGGAGUUGUUGUAAAAAUGUAUUUUUCCAAUAUGCAUUACUUCGUUGUGUAAUGAUUCUACUUGUAAUAAAAUGCAAACUAGAUGAUGCAUUGUGAGGUGAAACCUUGCUAAGGAAGUGUCUGCUCCUGUAGAGACAGCUGCCCCUCUACAACUUAUCCUGACAAACCACGAAGAAAACCAGGGAUCCAACAUCCAACUGGGCACAACAGCUUUAUUCUUUGUUCUGAGAUUAGUCCAGGUAUUCAUUGUCAUGUUGUGGAACUGCUCCAACUGUUCUUUUGGCUGUCAAGGUCUGGUGUUCUGGUUUGUACCAUGUAGUCAUCUCAAAUGCCUUAUACUAGACUUACCUAUAAUCAGUUUUGUGAAACAAACCUGAGCUCCUGGGGCCAGAGCUGCUUCAGGGAGUUCACAGCUCAGGUUCCCAGCCCUGGGAGCACUCAGAGCUGUGUGCUGGAGGCAGCUCAGCCCCCUGGAGAGCACAGAGCUGCUGCAGCCUCACUGCAGGACAAGGAAAACUCCAGUGCAAUAGCAAACCCAGCCAAGGCUUCUGGGUGAGAUUGUGAUGCAUUAUUAGUCUUUUAUUAAUAAAACUUACUGAAGUACAGAUGCAUGGUGAGCUUUAUUAGAGCACUGUCUGUGGUGACUUGAGCCCUCUGUAGCUGUCACUGUUCCUUUUUCCACCAUGGGAGAAUCCAGCUGAGCUGCUCAGUGAAGAUACUUGGAGCACUUCAGGUCACUGAGGGUGUCUCCCUGUUUGCUUUAAUGGAUGACUUAUUCCUGGUGCAAGGCAAACUCUUCCUCCCCACUGUUUCCAAACCCUAAACUCAGGAAUAAGCUAUGAACUGGUUUCCAACCAACUUUAACUUAAACCAACACCUCCCUGCCCUGCCUUUUUGCAGCAGUUUAUUUGAUUUUUGUGUAGCUCUUGCAAUCAAAACCAUCCCCUCAGCACUAUUUGCAUAGUGAGUGUUCCAGCAAGAUGA